AAUAUUUGCCGCCUUUUGUUCAGUCCCGGCUUCUUGUUGCACUUUCUUCCUCCUCUCGACCAGAAAGGGGAACUAUUUGGUGAGGAAAGAUGGUGCGGCCUUUUGGUAUAAAGGGGAAGAAGAGAAAGAAGAGAGAGGAGAGAUAUGAUAGAGAGGGAGAAGGGGAGGAACAGAUUGAGUCAGUGAAAAGAGUUGCUGUAGAGAAGGCAAUGGAUGCAGAAGAUAAUGGGGAUAAAGUGGAGGAAGAAGGACAGGCUGGAGAACAUGUAUUGGAAGGAAUUCCGAUUGCCCCAAGUGAUCAGAAGACUAAUAAACCUGAUGUUGUCUUUGUUCUGGAGAGGGCUUGUUUGGAAGUGGCAAAAAUUGGAAAGAUUUACCAAAUUUUGAACUCUGAAGAUCAUGCCAAUUUCUUGCGGAAAAACAACAAGAAUCCUGCUGAUUACAGACCUGACAUCAUUCACCAGGCGCUCCUAUCAAUUUUAGAUAGCCCAGUUAACAAAGCUGGGAGGUUGCGAGCUGUUUAUGUAAGAACAGAGAAAGGGGUUCUCUUUGAAGUUAAGCCUCAUGUUCGUAUUCCAAGGACAUAUAAGCGCUUUGCUGGUAUCAUGUUGCAGCUGUUACAAAAGUUGAGUAUAACUGCUGUUGGUAAGCGAGAGAAACUCCUACGCGUGAUAAAGAAUCCUGUAACCCAGUAUUUACCUCUCAACUCUCGCAGAAUAGGCCUCUCAUUUAGUUCAGAAAAAUUGGUUAAAAUGAAGGACUAUGUGAAAGCUAUUGGUGAUGAUAUGAAUCUUGUUUUUGUGGUUGGUGCAAUGGCCCAUGGGAAAGUAGAGACAGACUACACAGAUGAUUUUAUAGCAAUUUCUGGAUAUCCAUUAAGUGCUGCUCGCUGUAUCGCAAGAAUAUGUGAGGCUGUUGAGGAUAAGUGGAACAUACUAUAAAAUCCAUGAUGCCCCUUUCAUUGUCCUUUUACUUUUCUUGUUGAUUAAUGUAAUGGUUCCAAAAAAAUCAGUGCUUAGGUUAAUUUUAUUUAUGCAGUAGUAUUCUUAUGUUUCAAUUGCUGUGCUUUGAGAACAUUUGCAUUUUGGACUGAUGUACUAUACAGAGCGAAUGUCAUGGCUAUGAAUUUUUGCCAGGCUAAGGUUGAGAUACUGAAUAUGCAUUGUCCUAUUGACCUAAAGCCUGAGAUUUGCAACAA